AAGAGCACGGGGCACACUCUCCAGCCUGCAGCCUCCGGGAGUCGGUGCUGUUCACCCCGCGGGCCAGGGAAGGAAGGAGGGAAAGACGGACAGACCGGGCUGUAUUUGCUCCGCUCCCUUUCCCUCCCUUCCCUACCCAUUGCCCACCACCCACCACUCACCACCCACUCACCCCUAGCAGGAAGAGUGCAAGGUUUCCUGGAUUGUGCAGGAGUGUGCAUGCAGUAACUGUGCGGGUGGGGGCUAGGGGUGGAGGAGCCUUCUUUUGUCCCCGAGGAUUACUGGCAGGAGCCUCCAAACUUUCUGCACUGUGAGACCUCUCUGAGGCCAGAGAGAACAGCCACAAAGUUGAUCUGACUCUGGGCCGAGGAUGGGUAGGGCGCACUACUCCCAGGGCCUCUGCUGGCCCCCUGUAGGGGUACUAGUAGCCUUUGCUGCUGGGCUCUGGGCUGGUGGCAUGGCCAGCGAGUAUGACUAUGUGAGCUUCCAGUCGGACAUCGGCUCCUACCAGAGCGGGCGGUUCUACACCAAGCCCCCUCAGUGUGUGGAUAUCCCAGUAGACCUGCGACUGUGCCACAAUGUUGGUUACAAGAAGAUGGUAUUGCCCAACCUGCUGGAGCAUGAGACGAUGGCCGAGGUAAAGCAGCAGGCGAGCAGCUGGGUGCCCCUGCUCAACAAAAAUUGUCACAUCGGCACCCAGGUCUUCCUCUGCUCCCUCUUUGCUCCCGUCUGUCUGGACCGGCCCAUUUAUCCAUGCCGCUGGCUCUGCGAGGCUGUGCGGGACUCCUGCGAGCCCGUCAUGCAGUUCUUUGGCUUCUACUGGCCAGAGAUGCUCAAGUGUGACAAGUUCCCAGAGGGAGACGUCUGCAUUGCUAUGACCCCUCCAAACGCCACGGAGGCCUCCAAGCCUCAAGGCACAGCUGUAUGUCCACCUUGUGAUAAUGAGAUGAAAUCAGAAGCCAUCAUAGAGCAUCUUUGUGCCAGUGAAUUUGCGAUAAGGAUGAAAAUAAAAGAAGUGAAAAAAGAAAAUGGAGACAAAAAGAUUGUCCCCAAGAAGAAGAAGCCACUGAAACUAGGACCCAUUAAGAAGAAGGAACUGAAGAAACUUGUCUUGUACUUAAAGAAUGGGGCUGACUGCCCUUGUCACCAGCUGGAUAAUCUCAACAAUCAUUUCCUCAUCAUGGGGCGGAAAGUGAAGGCCCAAUACUUGCUGACGGCCAUCCAUAAGUGGGACAAGAAAAACAAAGAAUUCAAAAACUUCUUGAAGAAAAUGAAAAACCAUGAAUGUCCCACAUUUCAGUCAGUUUUUAAAUGAUUCCCUCCCAAAGGUCUACGAAUGACAUCACAAUCACAAUCUAUGAAUGUGACCUCGUCCUUCAAGUUCCUGUACUUUGGGCUUUUACUAUGCAUGUUACAGAGACUUUUAGUUUUAUAUAUAGCAGCCAGCCCUGUCUGUGACCCUGCAAGCAGUUUCCCGAAAAGAUGGAAGCUUUGCAAACAUGUCCCCCUCCAAGGGCAGCCUUUCCAUCUGAGAUACUGGCAUUUCCUGAAACCAGAGCAAACUCAAACAAACUUUUGAACAGAACUAGUGCUUGUAUCCCUGAAAGUUUCCACUUGGAGAUGCCCAGGAUGAGAUGUGAUAUCUAUUGCAAGUUGACUUCAACACAAAAAGUUACAGCGAAUAAAAAUUUAAAAGACAACACCAUCUGUCCUGUUUCCCUGCAAUCAUGAAGCCCUGUUCUGGUAAUCAGCAGGGCUGAGAGGAAGCUUAUAAAGAUGUCAGAGCCAGCACCAGGAGAAGAUAGUCUAUGUGGUACAAGGAGAAAGUUGUUGGUCUCUUCAAUGACACCUUGGUUUUAUCUCUUGAUACCAUGGGGAGCUCUCCCCUGCCCUGGGACAGAAACCAUCCUGAAUGUUUGACCCCCCCACCUGCAGUAGCUCAUACUGGGACACACCUAAAAAAAAAUCUUAGUUUUCAUUUAUUUCUGCAAAUUGCAAUUUUCUACCUUCAUAAAAAAACCCAAAUAACAGCAAACAACCUGGAACCUACAAACCCACCGAAACAGAGCUCCCCUCCCUCCAGGACUCCAAAUAGCCAGAAGAGUGCCCUCUACCAUCUCCUUAGGAGUAUCUAUGCUUCCUUUGGUCACUGUCAUCCUCAUUCUCUGAGUAUCUGUUUGCCAAGAACACUUCAGGCAACUUGUAGCAGGAAAGGACCAGCAGCACCCACCCACCAUCUGCCAACCAAUGUAUGGAACAUGGUGGUGAAGAAAUUUUGUGUCCCUCUGGAGCCCUCAAAUUCUCUUCUCUUUUCUACUCCAUAUCUGAUAUGAAAGCUUUGAAUACUGUGAAGAUGUUUUCCCUUCCAUCUCAUUUCAGUGUUGUUUUUUUUCAAUCUGCAUUAUUUUACCAGAUGUUUUGAUGUUAUCAUUUAUGUUAAUAGCAAGUUCAAUAUUUGUUCAUCUUAUUCUCAUGCUUUUCCUGCCAUGUAUCAAUAUUCACUUAACUAAAAUUGCUCAAUUAAUCAAA